CACACUUACACAGUUCUGCCAACCCACCGUACCCUUUCCCCCUCCUGAUUUCCUCAGCUUAAGUCGGGAACAAAGUAUCGUUGGGGCUUAGAGUUUAUCAGGAUCCUCCCUUCCCUUUCUCCUCCCACCCUACUCUGCUCCCAUCCGGUGAUUAAACCUUGGCUCCCAGAUAUUUUUGAACAGUAAAGCCUGGCAGAGUCCAGCUCUCUGGCCAUAAUGUGCAUGUUCUGCCUAUAUAAGAGUCAUAGAUGAGCCUUUGUGGGAGAUGGUUAGAUAUGACAGACGGAGGCCCGGAUCUGGUGUACCUGGUGACAGGGGGCUGCGGCUUCUUGGGAGAACAUAUGGUUAAGACCCUGCUGGAGAUGGAGCCCCGGCUCAGAGAGCUUCGAGUAUUUGACCUCCACUUGGGGCCCUGGCUGGAGGCGCUAAAGCCAGGGCCCGUGCAGGUGACCCCAAUCCAGGGGGAUGUGACUCGUGCAGAAGAUGUGGUGGCAGCUCUAGCUGGAGCAGAUGUAGUCAUUCACAUGGCAGGGCUGGUGGAUGUGUGGGGACUGAAUGACCCUGAGGUCAUCUACAGGGUCAAUGUUCAGGGGACUCAGAAUGUGAUUGAAGCCUGUGUGCAGACUGGGACUCAGUUCCUGGUAUACACGAGCAGCAUGGAGGCUCUGGGGCCCAACACCAAGGGACACCCCUUCUACCGGGGCAAUGAGGACACCCCCUACGAGGCUAUACAUACACAGCCCUAUCCCCGAAGCAAGGCCCAGGCAGAGAGGCUAGUCCUUGAGGCCAAUGGGAGAAAGGUCCGGGGUGGACUUCCCUUGGUUACAUGCGCUCUACGUCCCACGGGGAUCUAUGGUGAAGGCCACCAGCUCAUGCUCGAUUUUUACCGCAAGGCCCAGCGCGCUGGUGGAUGGCUUUUCAGGACUGUCCCUGCCUCUGUGGAACAUGGCCGAGUUUAUGCAGGCAAUGUUGCUUGGAUGCAUGUGCUGGCAGCUAGGGAGCUAGGCUCCAGAGCCACCACUAUGGGUGGGCAAGUCUACUUCUGCUAUGACGACUCCCCUUACAAGAGCUAUGAGGACUUCAACUUGGAAAUCCUGGGCCCCUGCGGCAUUGGCCUCCUGGGAACUCAGCCCCUUCUGCCCUACUUCCUGCUAUUCCUCCUGGCUACCCUCAAUGCUUUCUUGCAGUGGCUGCUCCGGCCUUUGGUGGUCUAUACAGCUUUAAUCAACCCCUAUACUCUAUCCUUGGCAAACACCACUUUCACUGUGCAAACAGACAAAGCCCGGAGGCAUUUUGACUAUCAGCCCCUCUAUGGCUGGGAGGAGAGUAGAGACCGAACUGUUUCCUGGGUGAAGACCAGAAAGGGGUGUCCCGGUCCCCUUCCUCGUGACUGAGCCCUGGAGGUUGGAGGCCCUGGGUUCUAAAUUCCAUCCUCUGAUACCAGCCAGGGGCUCUCCUCACCUAGUGAGUGAGCCCUGGUUUCCCAUAAAUGACCCUAUCCAGGGGAUUUUUCACCUAAGGAUCAACCUUGAGAAGUGCUGCAUUUCAUAGUUUUAGAUUCUUUUCUCUAACUCUACUGAGGGAAAUUCCAUACAUGUUCCUAGUCACCAGGGUUGGGAAAAGAUAGAUCUGAGUGCUAAAUGCCAUUCUCUGACACCCAUCUGGAGGAUUUGAUUUCUAACCCUCUCUACUGUGAGUGAAAAGAUACGGCCUUGGGGAGAGGUGUACCUAGAUUCUAGACUGAAUUCAGUGCCUUUCUACUCCCCUUCCCCACCCCCCCCCCCCCACCCAGUGACAGCUGAUUCCUAAGAUCACCCAGGGUUCUAGAUCUGGCCUCUUAACCCUAGCCACAAACUCCAGGCCUCACCUGAGAACUCGGGACCCAAUACAGUCUGUUAUGCUGCUUUCUGCCUUGUUCUCCUGUUGGAACCCUCCCAUGAGACUGGCUCUGCUUGCCAUCUUUACCAUAGCAUUAGCCCAUCAUCGACCUUCCCAGUCUUCUUGAUAUUAAACAUAUUUGCCUUUCUUCCUCA